CCCCGUAAUGCCAGAAGGAGGAGGGACGGAGCAGGGGCCGGGGGAGACUAACCAAGCUAUGCAGACGCGCAAACCAUGGACGACCAUGACCAAGCAGAUAGGCGCCUCUGUCUUCUUCGGCGUGUCGUCCAUCGCCAUCAUCACUAUCAACAAAGCAGUACUCACCACAUUUCAGUUCGUUCUCUAGGUCUAUUUAGUGCCCACCACUACUAUCUCUCCUUCGCAGGUUUCCAUCUUUUCAACUUGUGGGUAUCGGGCAGGUGAGUGUAUGGCUAUGUUACUCAACACUGACUGGUGUUAGCUGUCUUUCCCUCUCUGCUCUACAUAUAUCCCUUCUCUCUUUUGAUCAUACCUCUGUGUCUCUCUCCUUUCUCCCUCAUUUCUCCUUCCCUGCCGUCCCAUGUCUGUGCACACAGAUGGUUGCCAUUCUCAUAAUCUGCUGGAGUUGUAGAACAGCCAAAGUGGUUACCUUCCCUCCCCCCAGCCUGCAUCAGUUCAGAAAGGUGUUCCCCCUCCCGAUUCUCUACAUCAUCAAUCUGAUCUUCGGACUUGGCAGCACCAAGAUACUGAACCUCCCAAUGUUCACAGUACUCAGGAGAUUUACACUCAUUCUGGUGGCUGUAGGACAAAUCGUUCUCUUAGACAAGUAUGAAAGUCUACAAGUCAACACAUGUCUAGUACUAAUGAUCACAGGAGCUCUCAUUGCUGCACUAAACGAUUUGGCCUUCAAUUUAACCGGUUAUAUCUACAUCGUUCUCAACAACUUCGCCACGGCUGGCAAUGUCUUGUACAGCAAGAAGAUGAUGAAUGAGGAGAUGGGAAAGUACGAGAUAAUGUUCUACAAUGCCCUGUUGUCCAUUGGACCAGCUAUUAUUAUUGCCUGGGUCACUGGAGACCUUCAGAAGGCGUACUAUUACAAUGGUUGGUCGAAUCCUCUUUUCCUCAUCUGCUACCUCCUCUCAUGUGUCAUGGGUUUCGUGUUGAUCUACUCUACGUUCCUCUGCACUCAGCUAACCUCUCCCCUCACACUAACAGUUGUGGGGUGUAUCAAGAAUGUGGCAGUCACCUAUGCCGGAAUGCUGUAUGGAGACUAUAUCUUUGAUGCUUAUAAUUUCGUCGGAAUCAACGUCAGUGUUGGAGCAAGCCUCAUAUACUCAUACUACAAGUAUUCAGAACAAAACAAAAAGCCUCCACCUCAAAAGACAACUAAAAGUGACACAAGCUCAUAAACAAUUAUUUUCUAUUGAAAUUGUGUUGUUUCCUCACCUUUUAUGCAUGCAGCACCGCGCACGCGAUGCGGAGAAAACGCAUGCGCAUGUGGACCGCACAUUAAAAAAUUGCGCGGGCGCGGUGCAUGUCGGGUUUCUUCAGCGGCUCGGCGCACGCUAUAAAACAGUCUGUUUCGCGUGCCAGAGCUCAGCUUUCUGCAGAAACAGACAAGUGACUAGUGGAGCAGCCAUUACUGGAUCCACUGUAACGUUCCAAGCGGUGAAAAAGGGACGGCACUUUUACUGCGCUCGCGUCGCCUGUAUUGCUAUGCCUGAGAUCUGGGCUCUGACUGGAAAAAUGCAGCAGCAACAACAACAACAAACGGAAUACGGGAACAGCACAACCACCACCACCACCGGCGCCAUCAUGGAGGAAGGAACACACGAGUACAAGACGGACCAGCAGAGGACUUUUAUCGAGACGCUUCUACCGCACGUCCGCUCGUUCGCCUUCACGUGGCUCAACCUGCAGGCUCGCAAGAGGAAAUUCUACAAGGAACACGACCGACGCAUGACUCUGGACGAGGAGCGACAAUGCAAGUUGGAGCUGGACAACGAGCUGCCGGAGGUGAAGCGAAAAUGGGCCUCCCAACUUCUGGCCAAGCUGCGGAAAGACAUUCGCCCCGAGCAUCGCGAGUAUCUCCUCAAGGCCGUCACCGGUCAGAUGAGGCCUUGUUGCGUCCUCUCCACGCCCGACCAGAAGGGAAAGAUGCGCCGCAUCGACUGCCUGCGACAGGCGGACAAGGUGUGGCGACUGGACCUAGUCAUCGCCAUACUCUUCCAUGCCUUUCCGCUCGAGUCAACGGACGGCGAGCGUCUGGGAAAGACGCACGACUGCCGGAACCCAGGGCUGUGUCUGCAACCCUUCCACAUCCAGAUCACAGUCAAGGAGCUGGAUCUUUACCUCUCCAACUUCGUCAGCCCCUUAGGUGUGAAGCGAGAAGAGGACCUGAAAGUGAGGGAAAAGACUCUGCAGAACCUCAGGAUCAAGGGAGCCUUCACUGCCCAGGAACUCUACGAGGGUCAUCGAGUGCCCGUGACAGCUGGCUACAGCAGCGAAGAUGUCCACAGCUACUUCCCAAUCAUGUGGCCGUACGACCGGCCAAUCAAGCGAACCCACGCCGCUCUGGAUCCAUACCCCAUCAUGGACUAUUACACACACCUCCAAGUCCCAACUGCUCCAAAGUAUAUGAAGCCCGAACCGAUAGCCUACUACCAGUAUCCGGAAGACCCAGAGCGAUACCAAGCUAGUAUCACUGUCAGUGUGCAGUCGCACGUCAACCCCUUCAGCAGCACCUCAACCAGUGCUGUAGCUUAUUCACCUUCGACUCAGUACAGCAGCUACUCUUCCAGCCCGAUCCCCGCAACCCUGCCAACCACGGCGUCGUAUCCUGUCAUGAAUCCAGGGAGCUCGUCCGCUUCUGCAGCCUUGGCCGUCGGGGGCGUGGCUUACAGCGUCCACACGGGAGCCGCGAUGUGCGGAGGGGCGACUGCUGCAAUUGGUGGUGUGGGGGGAGGGAGCGGCAUCACGAUCUGCUGCCCGCCAGACCCCCAGCAAGCCAUGAGCAGCUGUAGCCCAGUCCGAAGUGCGAUGGGGGACGACUCCUCAACCAGACCCACCGAACACUGCACCAAUGCAAUCGGGACCCCGCUGACCCCGCCCCUGAGCGUGUCUCCGCCCAUCAGCUCGUCUCCGACUCCACGCCAGAGCAUUUCCCCGCAACCCAGCAACACCACCUACCUCGACAAGGAGACUGCCAUGGGUUAUCGAUCGAGCACCUCCAGUCCCUGUAUCCCUGAUUGCGAUUCAACCACUAACGCCUCUGAGCUACCUCUUCAGAUGCUCUCUGAAUUAUCCGAAGGUCUUCCACUGACCGGCACUUGUGUAUAGCAGAUUUGAAGAUUUCCCACAAGACUGAGUCUCUACCUCUAUCAGUCUUCACUCGUAAAUGGUAUGUAUGUACAUUAAAGAGAAUCAGAAAUUCCCGACAGACAUACAAACAGACAGACCGACAUAAGGAAUCUACAGUUCAUCUUGCCGUAAACUGACCAACUCGAUCGAUCAUUCAGCAAAAAUUUCACUUUUUCGACGUUUUGUACAGUCACUCCAAUCAUACUCCAUCUAGAAUUCUUUUCACUGCGCACCGCAUUUUUUUUACCCACUAAUGCAUCAUUACACAUUGGAUUGUCUCUCUCUCUCUCUCUCUCUCUAAAAAUCCAUCUUCUAAAUUUUUCUAUUAUACAGUCUUUCUAACUACAGGUUUCUUCUUAUUUUUUUGUAUCUUAGACCAAAUAUCACUGAAUUUUUAAUUUUCCAUCUAUUUUACUGUGUGUAGUGUAAAUAACUGUUUUCCUAAAAAUCACCAGC